AUGAUGCUGCUGCGCUUGGCCGCGCUGCUCGCCGUGGCCCACGCAACUCAGAUUCCACUACUAUCAAAGCCGCUCAGACCCGACCAUGACGGUUACCAGGUCAUCCAGAGCAGCCAUUCUCCCACGCACUCCAUCCGUAUCCGCGAGCAAGACGAGUCCCUCUGCGCCGCCGGCUCACGGCAGUACACCGGCUGGCUCGAUGUCGGAUCCAGGCACCUGUUCUUCUGGUAUUUCGAAAGCCAGAACGACCCCGUUCACGAUCCUCUGACCCUCUGGAUGAGCGGCGGACCAGGUGCAUCCAGCAUGCUCGGGGCAUUCCAGGAGCUCGGCCCGUGUCUGGUGAACGAGCACGCGAACGGCACGUACCAUAACCCCUGGGGCUGGUCGCGGAACUCGUCGCUGCUGUUCGUCGACCAGCCGGUCGGCGUGGGCUUCUCGUAUCUCGAUGAGGGAGAGGAGGAGUUGCCGCGCGACUCGCACGAGGCCUCGGUCGACAUGCACCGGUUUCUGCAGCUGUUCAUCUCCGAGGUGUUUCCGCGUCAUCGGUCCUCGGCGGUCCAUCUCUCGGGAGAAUCCUACGCAGGAAAAUACAUUCCUGCCCUCGGCGCCCACAUCAUCCAGCAGAACCAGCUCUACCCCGACAAACCACAGAUCCUCCUGCAAUCGUGCCUGGUCGGCAACGGGCUCAUGUCCCGCCGCGACACGACCUUCGGGUACUGGGAGACGCUGUGCACGACGAACCCGGGCGUCGCGGCCCCCGUCUUCAACCAGACACGCUGCGACAUCAUGGCCGCCAACAUGCCGCGCUGCAUGGAUGUCGCCGAGACGUGCGUGCGCAAUCCGGACCCCGCCGUCUGCAACGCUGCGUAUGCCGUCUGCUACGCCGGCGUGCUGGGCUGGUACGAGGAGGAGGCGCGCGCGGGCGGCCGCAACAGAUUCGACAUCACGGCCCCCUGCGAGAUCGAGGAAAUGUGCUAUCCGCAAGCCGCCCGCGUCGAGACAUACCUCAACUCCGCCGCGGUCUGGGCUGCUCUGGCGCCGCCCCCGGAAGUGAAAUCAUUCCAGAUGGACUCUGAGGACGUGUAUAAGUCCUUCCUGCAGACCGCGGACGAGAUGUCCUCCUCGUCGCCGGCGGUCGCGUUUCUCCUCGAGAACCAGGUGCAUUUCCUCGCCUACCAGGGGAAUCUGGAUCUGGCGUGCAACACCGCGGGCAACCUGCGGUGGGCGCAUUCGCUGGCCUGGAAGGGACAGGCUGAGUUUACGUCGCAGGCCCUGCGACCGUGGACGGCGGGACGGAACGAGACGGUGGGACGAGCGAAGGAGGUCCGUGUUUAUGCGAGUAAGGAGGCGACGGCGGCGUCGCGGUUUGCGUUUGUGACAGUAGAUGGGGCUGGUCAUUUGCUUCCUCAGGAUCGCGCCGAUGUAGCGUUUGAGAUCCUUCAGCGAUGGACCAAGGGGGAGUCUUUUAUCUAG